GUACUGUCUGGGCCACAUGCUCAACAAACGUGAACCAGUCAUCCAUAUCGUCGGUGCUGAUCUCUGUAGCAACAAGCAGGGCGAGGAGUUGAAACGAAUGAUUUCACUGUCCAUGCCUCACAGCCAUGUGAAAAUUGAGUCCAUUGACGAUAUAGAUCCAGAAGGUCAAGCCAAAAUCUCACUGUACUUUAAUUACCGGAAGUAUUUAUUGUGGAGGUCACGGACAGAGAACGUCGACGACACUACGGGUGUGUAUGAUGACACGGCCGACGACAAGAACAUCAAAACGUGCGUGGAAAUAGAAAACCUGCGGUCUAUCACCAAACUCUAAUCACGUGAGCACACUUGUGAUCACGUGACCCCGCCCA